AUGAAGAAUUGGACUUUCUUAGAGAGUAGAUUGAUGUUGUUGGUUAUUUGGAAUAUUGGUUGGAAGCUUUUAGUUUAUUCAUUUCAGGUUCUUAAAAUCUAUAUCUAUAUACAUAUAAAUAGCUAUGAGAUAUUAAAUCCAUGUAGUACACUAACUCCGACUGAUAAGUCUCUUUUCCUAGUAAGGUUGCUAUUCCUCCUUAUCAGGAACGGGGGUUUAGGUAGAACAUAUAUAUUGUUCGACUAUCACACUUACUGGUAUUGGCAUACCCUCAUAUACAGAGACCGGGGUCCAAGGUAUAUUGCCUUAUCUAAUGGCUAUCAUAUGUCUUAUGGAGGCGUCUAUGACAAGGAUAUCAGUUUUGUUUUUAUUCGUAUGUAUUAA